UCUACAGUAUGUUUUAUUAUUUCUAAAAAGUAUCCCGACGAUAACAAGUGACCGAGUUCUCCAGGUCCCAAGGUCUCCACGACCGCAAGUGAAAGUCACGUGUCAUCAGUAAUCUCCACAUACCAGAAGUAAAAUAUUCGGUGAAAAUCUCCAAGACAAUAGUGGAAAAAAACCAUCGCAGCCUCCCCUUCAUUACUCUCAUGACGUAGUGAAUGUGUAUGAAGACUUGGUACUGCGCAACUACAGGAUUUAACGACUGACCAGGAGUGCGCGAGCGCGGGACCACGGAUUUCCCGGGGAAUAGGGACUUUCCGGGCCUCGGAGCGGCUUUUUGUCAUCAUUCCCGUCAACACUACCGACUUAUACGUGCGCUCCGGCAACAGGUGAAAAACAAUCGUGAUUAUCAACGUAAUUAACUGAAAUAAUUUUGACAAUUUUCAACUUGGAGGAGCCAACAAGUGGUCAAUACAAAAAUACCAGUACUCAAUUGCAGUUCAAUUUACAAAUUACUGCUCUUGAUAUUUUUUUAUCUCGAGGUUUACAACUAAAAUGAGUGUUGAGGAUGCUAUUAACUAUAAGCGGAGCGGCGAUGAGGACUUUUAUGCCCUCCUGGGGUGCGACGAGUCCUCCAGUGUUGAGCAAAUAACGGCUGAGUACAAAACGUUGGCGCUCCAGUACCAUCCGGACAAGAACGAGGGUAACAAGGAGGCAGAGGCCAAAUUUCAGCAGCUCAAGAACGCUAAGGAGAUACUCUGUGACCCGGAGAAGAGGAGUAACUACGAUAAAUGGCGACGCAGUGGGGUUGCUAUAAGUUACAAGCAGUGGGUCAGCAUGAAUGAGCAUGUACAUCAGUCGAUGCACUGGAGCACCCCAAAGACCAAGGACAGGAUGCUACCAGAUGCAAGUGGUCCAGGUGGAUCUCCAGGUCACGUGAGAGGACAGCCAUCGGCGAAUGCACACCGACGUGCCUCAGAAGGUGGUGCCAACAUCCAUUAUGGUGCACGUCGUGAUGUCAAUUGGGAUUCGCAGGCGUCCAGCGAGGUUGUCAACAAAUUUCGCAACUACGAGAUCUAAAAGACGCAUUUGACGGUUUGAUUCACAAUCAGGCGAGUUGGUCCCCUCUAUUUUCCUCGAAAAAUUCAAAGCCCACGUAAAUGACCGCUCGUGACGGGAUAGAAGCAAUUCGAUAUAUGAGGAAAUUCAUUUCAUUGAUGCAUUACCCCGAGAAGAUGGAAAAAUACAUAAUCACUUUCUUGGAUGUCGAAUUAAGGAGAUUAACGUGAUGUUUAAGCUGGGGUUUAACAGAGUUAGUAGGACGGUGUGUACUCGUUGUAUUAUUAAAAAGUUUAAAGAAAGUUAUAUGAAUAUAUCACGAUAUUUAUCUGUAAAUCGAGUGAAGCAGGCGUAAUCUCUAGGAAGAGCGCAUGGAGGGCUACAUUGAAUAUUUUUCCAGGGGUGUCUUGUUAUCGUGCAUGUGGCCCCAUUAUUUUUUUUUCUCCUCGGUUGAGGAAAAUACCGUCUCUUCGAGAUGGUUGACUCGAAGGAGGAGAAAAUGUCCUGAGGCUAUAAUCCAAUCCCAAUGGCUACGGCCUCUCAGCUUUUUCAAUAUUCAUCCGGUGGUUUCGUUCUGUUUCCAUUCGCUAGUGAAUCUUUUAAAAACCCGGGGACCUACCCUUUUUGGUUUUGAGAUCCUUUCUUUUCGUUUGUCAAUGAUAACCAUUGGUGAUCGGUUUUAAUCUUUCCGGUUGAGUUCUGCUCUUGCAAUUUUUAGUAUUCAAUCGUCCGGAGUGGCUUUUAGAAUUUUUUGUGGAAUUGUUUGAAAAAUAUCACGUUCUUUCCAUUUCCAUUCGGUUGUCAAUAUUUUCGAAUCCUAGAGAAUCACCUUUAUUAAUUAAUUUAAUUAAUUAAUAUUCCGAGUAAAACCUGAGUUUUAAUUAUCGUCAUGAAAAUCGAACAUUAAAUUCGAUCUGACUUCCAAUAACUUGGGAAUAAAAAAUAAUAAUCACCAGAAUUCUUUACGAUUUUCUCUUCCUUCCGUCAGACAGACUCGGACAUAAUUUCAUAAUUUCUCAUUUUUUAAUAAAAUUAUGAGUAAGAAAAAUUCCAAUUUGAAUAUCGAGGGUUGUUCCAUUGGAAUUCUAAAAGAAAUUGUUUAAUAGUGUAGACUCUUGAGGGGGAUUUGACUCCCAAUUAAAGAGAUUCUUCCAACUCGAAAUAACGAGCGGAUUUCUUAGGUAUGACCUGGUCUCCUGGGUGUCCGGAGACAGCCUACUUACCCCAUGAAAAUAUUCAAUAUAUCUCCCCCCAUAUACGUCGUAUUGAAACGCAUCCUAUUGUCGUAUUCCAUUCGGGGCCACCUGGUAAUACCUCUUUUCCCACUGUGAAACUUUGUCGAUAGAAACUCCUCGCCGGUUGAGGGGUUCCAUGCACAUCCCACCUGAAUGGAGACAUUUACAUGUACACGGAUGAUAUGUACACAAACAAAGACAAUUGUCUACCCCCAGGAAGUGAUGCCAAGCGGUAAAAGCGCCAAUAAAAGAAAAUGCUGGCUUUAAAAGAAAUGAAAAAAACAUUUCCCUUUGGAUUCACCCAUUUUAUCAUUUUCCUCGGCUAUUUUGGCACGCGUUCCCAUGAUCACUAACACUGAAAAAAAUUGUCCCUUUCAUAUACAAUAGAUUCCUGUUAUAGUCGCGUCCAUGGCUGUGGGGAAAUGAAUUGCACUGAGAGAAAAAUUUUCUUUUCGCACUCGUUACGAAAUGUACUAUUUUCAGUGUACCCCUAUCACGUGGUGACUCGCUUUAAUCGUAAAAUGAACUUUUGCAUAAUAAAUUCGAAUACGAUAUAAAUGAUUUAUUUUUCGACUGUAUUCUGCUCGGAAUUAAAUUCGUGACCGAUGCGACUAUAAUGGGAUUCUGCUGUACCUACUUGGGAGAAGUAUUUAGUCGUUCAAUUUUCAUCAUAUUAAUUAUUAUCGUUACUCUCGUGAUGCUCUAAAUAAUUGAUUUUUCAGGGUUGCACGUUUUUUCAGUUUCAUUGAUAAAUAUCAUUGCUCUAGAACUUUUAAUAGCACUGUUUUUUUUUAUUUAUUUACAUUGGGAAAUGAAUGAAAAUCAAACAAAUUUAUGUAACAAAUUUUUCUAAGUGUAAUGCUAUCGUCAAUGUUGCAAUUAUUUCUGUAAUGUUUCGCAUUUUUUCUGAGAACCCAGAAAGUGCAUUGAGUCAAUUACCAAGUGAUUAAUUUGCAGCAUUUUUUAUAAUUACAAAAUGAUAAUUUAAAAAAUAUACAAUCUACGAAAUUACGAACAGUUCUGAGUAUUUGGCGAAUUUAGUGUCAAUAUUUAUUUUAAAAUACUCGAGUGACAAAACCAGAGACAUUAACUGGAACAUUGAUGAUAGCAAACUGUCAAUUGCACUGGUCUUCCUGAUAUAAACCCAUAUCCCAAGGAAAUGAAACAAUUUAAGUCGGGAUAGCUGAAGUCAGAUUGCCAGUGUCGAUUUUACCUCGAGAUUGAAUCGUCCAAAAGGGUAUUUCCAUGGAAAUGCUUCAACUCUCAUUGAAUAGUGAAUAUAACAUAUCCCUGUGUGAAGAGAAUUUCAUGAAUACCCGAGAAUAAAGGAGACAGAAUAAAAAUCCUCAAGCGCAUUAUUACAGCUCGAUGAAUUCAAUUAAUUUCCCAUGGGAUUCAGCUCAUAUCACAAAUGAACUUUCAAGUAAAAAAAAAA